AUUCAAGGGAGAUCUAGCUGUUGACUUGUUUAACCAAAAUGAGGCCCAUUUUUUGUGGUAACUUCGAGUAUGAUGCUCGCCAAUCUGAGAUCGAGCGACUUUUCGGCAGAUAUGGGAGGGUUGAAAGAGUAGAUAUGAAGUCAGGAAUGUAUUGGAGCACACAUGCUCUUCCUGGCUGAUGGGCUGUGCAUCACCUUUCCUUCCUGAGCUCGAGGCUCAUCUUCUUGUCUAUUUCCAGGAGCUGAUCUGUUCCACCAUUCACUAUGGCAUCUGUUCACCUGGAAACAUUUCCCCAAGAGACCAUUGCCUUUCAUUUUCCAUGAACUUUGACCACUGUCCCAAUCUGCUCAUUUUCCCAUGCCGAUCUCGCGGCCAGGCUGGAGAAUAGAUGGAGAACACAUAAUCUGUUCGAUGGCCUACCACGAGAGACCUACUUUUGGAUUGUUAUACCAUGACGUCAUUUAGUUCUACACAUGAGGUCUGUUGUUGAUUUUCUUGUCCACUAGUUUCUGGCAUUCACAGAGAUGGAGAGAUGUUAUGCAAAUUUCUUUGCAGAGUCUUUGAAUGUUUCAUUGGAGCAGCGGGUGUCAGCUCUCUCUUCGUUAGACAAGGGGUUUAUUGACCUAAAUUUCUUAUUAAGUUAAAAAAUUGAUUCUAUUCUUUUGUUUUGCCAUCUAAUUUUGCAGGAUUUGCAUUUAUCUACAUGGAUGAUGAACGCGAUGCUGAGGAUGCAAUUCGAGCACUUGAUCGGACUGAAUUUGGUAGACAAGGGCGACGACUACGUGUUGAGUGGACAAAGCAAGAACGUGGUGGUAGGCGGUCUGGCAGUUCAAGAAGAUCUCCAGCCAAUGUGAGGCCAACGAAGACCUUGUUUGUCAUAAAUUUUGAUCCAAUCAAUACCAGGAUGAGAGACUUGGAGAGGCAUUUUGACCCAUAUGGAAAAAUAUCAAAUAUUAGGAUUAGAAGAAAUUUUGCCUUCAUCCAGUUUGAGUCGCAGGAGGAUGCCACCAAAGCAUUGGAUGCUACCAACAUGAGCAAAUUGAUGGAUCGGGUUAUUUCAGUGGAGUAUGCCCUCCGUGAUGAUGAUGAGAGGAGAAAUGGGUACAGCCCUGAUAGGAGAGGUCGGGACAGAUCUCCAGAAAGGAGGAGUGAUCGUGGGCGAUCUGCAAGUCCCUAUGGUAGAGGGAGGGAGAGGGGUAGCCCUGAUUAUGGUCGUGGUUCCAGCCCAUAUAACAAACCUGAACAAAGGGGUAGUCCUGAUUAUGGUAGAGCUGAAAGCCCUGUUUAUGAGAGGCAUCGCAGUCGCUCGCCCAGGCAGGAGAGAUCUUAGGAUGACCUCUAGUUCGAUGUGAUUUUCUUUUCUGCUCUCUGUUUUGUGGUACAGGUAAUUUGUUAAUGGUAUGUUUGACAGAUCUUCCUUGGAGCUACUUCCACCAUAACAGACUGACAAAUUUCUGAGACCAUGCACUUCAUUUUGCAUUAGGGCAUCUAUAUCAUGUAAUGUGCUGCAGUAUGGAUUUGUUGUUUGUUCAUAUAAUUAUCCUAUUUAUCCAUGAUGGACAAAAAUUUAAAAAAUGAUGAGUGCAUUGUUGGAAUCAGUUUUUAAAA